CAUACCGAAAGGAUCAACGCGACGAUGUCGUAUCGAACGAUCGCGGGAGCCUCAUGCUCCACCGCGUGCUCCACCGCGUCGCGCCUCCGCGCCCCCGCGACGCGCGUGACGACCCAACCGCUCCGCCGUGGAAAUGGUGGCGCUUUCCGGUCCCGUCGCGAAAGAAGCGUGAUGGUUCGCGCCGAUAACGGCGAGAAGGGAAGCGAGGUCAAGACCAUCAUGCGCGGCGCCGAGGAGAUCCUGGAGAAGGUCGGCCUCUCCCUCGGUCCCAUCGGGAUGACCCUCGGCGAGUCCAAGAAGCAGGAGCCCGCCGCGGACGGUUCAGGCGACGCCGAAGAGCAAACCGAGUCUUACAACGACGAGGACACGCUCAUGGCCAAGGCGGACGCGCUGAUGGAGAAGACCGGGCUGUCCCUCGGACCCAUAGGCAUGACUCUCGGCGAGUCAAAGACCGGAUCCGGACCCGCGGGUGCGACAUCCGAGGAGAAGGGCGAGCGCAAGUCCAUCGCCCCGCUGACCACCGCGGAGUGGAAGGAGAAGCACGUCAACCUGGAUGGCACCGUGGACCUGUUCAUGAAGGACCACUACAACGCGGCGUCCAGGCUUGCGGGCGGCGCCGAGUUCGACUGCAUGACCAACAUCGAGAACAUCGCGUGGUCCGGGCUCCCGUCCGACGCCGUCACCGGCGUGAGGCACAAGGUGAGGGUGACGGAUCACGAGACGGGCGAUGUGCUCGAGGUGGACGUCCCGGAGGGCAGGUACGUGCUCUUCGAGGCGGAGCAGGACGGCUGGGAGCUGCCCAACGCGUGCCGCAUGGGCUGCUGCACCAAAUGCGCCGUCAAGGUGACGAGCGGGACGCUCAAACAGCCAGAGGCGCUCGGUUUGAGUAAGAAGUACAGGGACGAGGGCUACGCGCUGCUGUGCGUGUCAACCGCGACGAGCGACGUGGAGUGCGUGACGCAGGACGAGGAGGAGGUGUACCAGAUGCAGUUCGGCGAGCUGUUCGAGCAGCUGGCGACGGAUAAGAACGCGGGUUCGGUGCUGAGGGACGACUUCGCGCUGGAGAUUGCCGACAUGGACGAGUAGGCGCGAGCGGGGGGUUCGAAACCGAGGACCCGAAACGGAUUGUAUGCAAAUUGGUUGAAAUUCAAGGAAGAAAUACCG